AUGAUGGACGUAAAACAACCUAAUCCCAGUGGUGUGCCUAGCUGUGAUAAUAAGCAUAAGUUUAUGAAAAGUCAUCAGGUUGGUUUUUACAGGCGGCAGACCCAAGGUCCCAAAAUGCAGUACCAAGCCAUUUUAGAUACACUCGUCCUCACUGAAAAAGGAGCAUGCUUUGAGUUGCUGGAACCAAACAAACAGAACAUGCUGUACGUGAGUGUUUCACCAUGCAAAAAUGACACGGUGAGGAUCGUCAUUGAUGAAUUGAAGCCCAUCAAACCACGCUACAGGGUGCCGGAUGUACUAACCCAGGAGCCAAAGUGUGAAAUGGUGAGACUGGAAGAGCGGCAGGCAGACUCAGUGACGCUUUCUUGGACAUCAGGGCUCUACAGGUGCCGCGUGUGGCAGUUACCUUUCCGCCUGGAGCUACUGUGCGACGACCAAGCAGUAGUGACAUUCAAUGCUCAGAGCAAACUGUGGUUCGAGACACUGCGGGAACGUCCCCAGGAGUGAGCUUCAUGUUUGCCAGACAGUAAAUUCUCACUGGAUAAGGACAACUUGUGGAGAGAGACCUUCAGGGACUUUGUGGACAUCAAAGCAAACGGGCCCACUAGCAUUGGCGCUGAUUUGCGUCUCCACGGAUUCCAAGAUGUGUUCGGCAUCCCAGAACAUUCCGACAGUCUCCGUCUGGCAGACACAAGAGAUGACGAACCUUACCGACUGUACAACCUAGAUGUGUACGCUUAUGAGAUCCACAGCCAUCUGGGCAUAUACGGCAGCGUCCCUCUACUGAUGGCCCACAAGGAGGACCGAACUCUCGGAGUCUUUUGGCUCAAUGCCUCAGACUCGUUUGUACACAUCAACUACAGCCAGGAAGAAGACGGACCGCUACCCCACACAGACGUUCACUGGCUGUCCGAGAGCGGGGUGAUAGACUGCAUGGUUUUGCUUGGCCCGAGUCCGGCGCAGAUGUACCGCCAGUACGCCGAGCUGACUGGGUACCAGACCCUUCCUCCUCUGUUCACCUUGGGCUACCAUCAUUCACGCUGGGACAAGGACAGCCAAGAGGAUGUGGCUGAGGUGGACGCUGGAUUCGACCGCCACCAUAUUCCAUACGACGUCAUGUGGCUGGACAUUGAACACACAGAUGAGAAGCGCUUCUUUACUUGGAACCCCAAGCUGUUUCCUGACCCAGCCAAACUACAGUGCUACCUAGAGAAGAAGAACAGGAAGUUGGUGGUUAUCGUUGAUCCCCCUAUCAUGGUUGAUCCUGAUUGGUCGUUGUACCAAGAGGGUCGAGGAGGAGAGCAUUUUAUAAUGGACAGGGAGGGGCAGAUAUACCAGGGAAAAUGCUGGCCGGGCAAUUCACAUUUCCCGGACUUCAGCAGUCCUCACACCCGGGCCUGGUAUGCCAAGUGCUUUGCUCUGGAUCGAUACAAGGGCUCAACGCCAUCGUUGCACGUGUGGUUGGACUUGAACGAACCUACCGUGUUCUACGGGCCUGAGGAGUCGUUGCCUAAAGACACAGUGCAAUUCGGGGGCUGGGAACACCGGGAGUUGCACAACCUGUAUGGUUUUCAUCAGCAUAUGGCAGCAGUAGACGGCUUGAUGACCCGCUCUGGAGGUUCCGAGAGACCUUUUGUUCUGUCCCGCGCAUUCUUUGCCGGGACACAGAGACUAGGCGCAGUGUGGACGGGCGACAAUCUCUCCACUUGGGAGUAUCUAAGGAUCUCCAUCCCCAUGUGUCUGUCCAUGUGUGUAACAGGCAUCUCGUUUUGCGGAUCUGACAUUGGAGGGUUCUUUCCCGAGCCGAGUCCCGAGUUGCUGGUGCGCUGGUAUCAAGCAGCAUGCCUGCAACCAUUCUUCCGAGGUCACUCGUCAAUGAACGCUAAACGGCGGGAGCCCUGGCUAUUCGAGGAGGAUGUGACCAAAGCCAUCCGAAGUGUCAUUCAAGAGAGGUAUCGCUUGCUACCGUACUGGUACACGCUCUUCUACCGGGCUCACACCAAUGGCUUGCCUGUGCUCAGGCCUCUGUGGAUUGAAUUUCCUCAUGAUAAGAGCCUCUUCAGCAUGGAGCACCAGUACAUGCUGGGAGAAGCACUUCUGGUGUGUCCAAUCACAGAAUCCGGUGUAACCAAACUUGAGGUUCUCUUUCCCGGAGCGGGGCAGCUUUGGUAUGAUGUCAAAUCGACAGAGGUUCACCAAGGAGGCAUGACUAGCAUUUUCCCGGUAUCCUUGGACACGAUUCCGGUGUUCCAGCGAGGUGGUACAAUAGUUUGCCGUGCUGUAGCAAUUGGGACUUGUACCGCCGAUCUUCAGAAGACGCCUCUUGCCCUCACGGUGGCUUUGGACGUUCAAGGUGCCGCCAAAGGUGAGGUUUACAUGGACGACGGCCACUCGUUCUCAUACCGCGACAAGAAGGAAUUCUGCCUGCGCUCUUUCUGCAUGCUGGCGGGGCACCUUCAGUGCCGAACUAGCGGUGAAGCGGGAAUCUACAAGUGCGGCAUAGCGGUGCACUCAGUGGACAUCUUGGGAAUGCGGGGUGAGCCGUCAGAGGUGAAAGUUUACAUGGAGGGGAGGGACGAGGGCAUCUCGUUGGAGUUCGAAUACCACCUGGAACGAUGCCAUAUAUGCAUCAGCAAUUUGGAACUCAGCCUGGAUGACGAUUGGGAUAUCCAGAUAUGUUGA